AUGACAUCCCCUGCCUUGUUUACCUCCGCCAUGGAGACGUUUGCAGAUCCCGUAUUAUUGCCGGCCAAGGCGGAGCGAUUGGUGGUCCUCAUUCUUGUCAUUGCUGCCACUCAUUUAUUGCGCAAACUACGAGAAAUGUGGUGUCGACAGUCGGAACUGAACCAAUGGAUCCAUCAGACUCGAAUGGAAGGGCAAGAAAAAGUGCACAAUGUUCUGACCAUGGCAACGACCACAAAUGACUCUGUGCUGUUGACAGCAUCCGAAACCCGACAACAAAUCCUGGACAAAUCGUUGGACCCCAAACAGAAUAUCAUCUUUCUGGCCAAACGCUGUCGCAAAUAUGGAACGAAUCAAGAAGGAGUGAAUUCCGUCACAGAAGAGCUAUAUGAUGAUGCUUAUGCGACUGCGGCUGCUUUGGAGACAAAAUUGGAGCAGAUGGACGCCAAGGACGCACCACCACUCUUGGGAGUUCCCCUGUGUGUCAAGGAUUGCGUGGGGCUGGAAGGCAGUUUGUCCACCGGUGGCCUGGCUUGUCGGCUCAAUAGACGAGACAAGCAAGAUUCACUCAUCAUGGAGGCGCUCAAAGAGGCCGGAGCUAUUCCUUUGUGCAAAGGAAACGUUUGUCAAGGCAUGGGAAUCAGCGAAAGUGUCAACAGAAUUUGGGGUCGUAGUCGCAACCCAUGGAACUUGAGUCGAUCUCCGGGUGGAUCCUCUGGUGGUGAUGCCGCUUUGGUCAGCACUGGCUGUGUACCAUUGUCGGUUUCGGCUGAUGGAGCCGGAAGCAUUCGUAUCCCAGCCUCCUGCUGUGGUGUGGUUGGAUUCAAGCCAUCUCCCAGUCGCCUCACCUUUAAAAACUCCAUGAGACCCAAGAAAGACGACAAGUAUGGUUCCUCCUUGGUGGUCCCCGCCACCAUGGGCCCCAUGGCUCGGUCCGUGGAGGAUUGUGCCAAUUUUAUGCGAGCGGUUUGCUCUCCAACCGUACGCCGUGGGGAUCGCAAUGUGAUUCCACUCGACUUUAAUGAAGCUGAUUAUCAAGACACCCGCAAGCUAAAGAUUGGCUAUUUCAUGACGGAUGGCUGGAUGGAUCCAUGUCCCACUGGAAAACGCGCCAUGAAGGAGGCCAUUGAGGCACUCAAGAAACAAGGGCACAUGGUGGUGCCAUUCCAGCCCCCCACGGACGGGUGGCAUCACAACCGGUUGUUUGUGGGCAUCACUGCGGCCGAGGGAAACAUGAGGUCCUAUCGAGAAGGACUGGAAGGAGAAAUGAUGAUCCCGGAAUACGCUCCUCUAGUUGGUGUGGCAGCUCUACCAAACUUUUUCCGUCCCAUUGCAAAGUUGUUCUUGCCGAAACGUGUUGGGCAUCUUCUGGGAUGCGGGAAAAAUGGCGGGCUUACAGGUUAUGAAAUCUGGGACUUGUGUGCGGACUUGUUGAAGAUGAAGCAACAAUGGUCGGAUGCCUUCAAUGACACGGGAGUGGAUGCUGUGAUCUUUCCAUCGUUGCCGAUUCCUGCCAUUCGUCAUGGCCAAUGCGGCAAGAUCAUGUCCGUCGCCUACAUGUUUAUUGGCAACCUAUUGGGUUGGCCCUGUGGUGCACUGCCAAUCACCACCGUUCGACAAGACGAGCAGCAUUACCGCUUUGAGGAUCUUCCGAAGAUUCAACGUGACAUCAUGUCCAAGACCGUCGCGGAGGAAAUGGUGGGCAGCGCGGGACUGCCCAUGAGUAUCAGCAUCAUGACACCUGGAUUUGAGGAUGAAAAAUGCCUUCGAGUGAUGAAAGAGAUCGAGAAGGGAGUAAACUUCCAAGCAAGGCCUACAGCUUUCCAAGCCAAAUCCAUCUAA